AAGAAAGACAGUUAAUGAGGUGGCGCUGAAUGUCACUUGCGUCAUAAUUAUUUAAUCGAAACCAAUUGACUCAGAUAAUGAAUCAAUUAAACCAAACGUAAUUAUGGAAAUAAACAGUAAAAUGCUAUUGUCUCUGAAAAGAACGGAAAGCAUGUACCUGAAAGUGCGCUUUCCGUUGCAAGGAUGGACAAAAUUUAUGCGCUCUUGCAAUUUCCUCAGAAGCGAAAUCGAAGAAGAAAGUAGUGAAGUGCGUUACGGCCGAUAACGACAUGCAAGCUACUUGAAUAUCAAGUGAUGUUAGAAACUCCUUGCUUUUGCAUUGAAAAUCGGGUCAUGAAUAUCUUUUUUUUUUACAUUCUAGUUUUUUAUAAAUGAACUAUUAUUAGUAAACCUAUCGCAUUGUAACUUACCUCGGCGAAGAAAAUAUCCAUAACUAAGUUUUUCCAUAAAGUUACCAGAUGUGACCAAACUGUAGUAACAAUAAAUGAUUUAAUUAUUAAGCUAAAUAUAAUAGCGAUUCAUAAUGAUUUUAAAAUGGUUCUUUCAAUCAAGUACACAAUUGCAUAAGUUUUUUGUUUGUUUUUUUUCUUUCCAGCUGUGAAGGCGUGAUGUGCUGCCUUGCACAACAAGCCUCAGAGAAGAUUGAUCGAACCAGAGCACAUGCCGGAGAAAUUUUCUUAAGUCUUGUUUAUAUGGACAGUCCUUUAUUGCCCCAUAUACCUCACCACAAAGAACUUCUUAAAAUUUUUCCGAGAAAUGAGUGUUUAGAGAUGAAUUGGAGCGCGCCUGCGGAUUGCUUUCCCAGGAUAACGAAGCUGCUAGGUUUGUCAUCAUACAGAAGGUCUGUUCUACUUGGCUUGACCGUCAGCGUUGGAGGGUUGACCGAAUCGUUGGUGUGUAUGAAAACAUGAUAAUAACUUCCUAAGGCUGUGGUUGUGGUAAUUUAAUUGAUUUUAAUGUUGCUUUUGUAAAGACUAGAAAGUACAGAAUUAAUAUUAACUCUAAGGUAAUUUAGGGCGCUUUCCACACGAUGAAAAAUUCUGGUUGAAUUUCCGGAAUUUUUCCAGUGACGAAUGGAAGGGUAUUUCCCUGUAAUUCUGGAAAAGAGAACAACCUUGCGAGGUACUCCGAAAAUUUCGGAAACUUCUUACCGUGAACCUCCGUUCCAUUUGACUUCCUUCUCGGAAGUUCCUAGGUUUUCGGUUGAAUGGUUCGGUUUUUGAAAAAUUCAACAAUUUCCGGAUUAUCUGGAAACUUUCCCAGGACAUUUUUGCACAAUUUGUCCCCGUUUUGAAAUUGUGGUUGAAUGGAAAGCGUCCCUAGGCUGCUGGAAAUAACCCAUGUUAUUGUAGAUCCCUCUGAGCGUAACCUCUAGAAAGGAAAUGAGCACGUGUUCAGCGUGCCUAGUAAUGUGUCAGUCACGUGUUAUAAAGCAUGCUUGUAGUUGACUUUUGAGUAGCCAUUUUCCAACGUCAAUAGGUGGACUGUAGAAGUGGAUGUAGACGUUUCACGUUAUUUGUACUUUUAUGAUUGUAAUAGUUAUUACCAGGGUCCCUCUGGAUACCAGCUUUAUGCUGAAUGGGCCAACUUGGCUGAAGAAAGUUU